CUCUUUCUUUAUAAAUCAGAAAACAAGUACAUAACUGUCCAUUGCCACCCUGUUUUCACCUGAAUCUCACUCUUAUAUGAUUUGAGAUCACAAUUCUCUUAUGUGGUUUUGUUCAUAUUCAGGUCGUCUGAUCGGGUUAUAGAAAUCACGAGGCUUCGAGGGUUUUUCUUCUUUCAGAAAUAUUAGACCUUCUUUUCCGUUUUGGAUUUUGUUUUAGGACUCCACAGAUUCUCUGCAAGCACUUGGAACAAGAUGGCUUGUUUGGUUUCUCGCACAGGAAGAGAGUCCCAAAGAUACAACAACUUGGGUUGCCGCCAAGUUGCAGGAUGCAUUCCUUACCGAUAUAAAAAUGGCAGUGGUGGUAACACUAUUGACACAGAAUUAGAAGUCCUUGUGAUUAGUUCACAGAAAGGCCAAGGAUUGACAUUCCCCAAGGGUGGUUGGGAACUUGACGAAUCACUGGAAGAAGCAGCUUCAAGAGAGUCACUCGAGGAAGCCGGGGUUCGUGGCAAUGUCGAGUGUGAGUUGGGCAAAUGGAGCUUCAUUAGCAAACGUUAUGCAACAUAUUAUGAAGGCUACAUGUUCGCUUUAUUGGUGAAAGAGCAACUUGAUCUCUGGCCUGAGAAGAAUUUCCGCAGGAGGAUUUGGAUGACGGCGGCCGAAGCCAGAGAAGUUUGUCAACAUGGGUGGAUGAAGGAGGCCUUGGAUAAAUUGGUUGAAAGGCUUACUGCUCCACAGCAGCCGAGGGAAGAAGAUGUUCCACGUUGUGUUAACACCAAUUUGUUUUAUGCAUAGAACAGUUCGAUCACAGCCAUACAUAAAUCAUUAAAUUGUCAAAAACCAGAGGAUGGAAAGGUGGAUUACAUCAGCUAAUCAAAUAAAGCCAAGUGUUAAUUAA